AUGUGGUAAAUAAACGUUCUCAAUAAAAAAAAUCAAAUAUUAAAUGUUUUUGUGUAGGGUUAGAUAAACACGGAAUUAUAAAAUUUAUAAUUAUAAUAAUCUUUGAGUGUAUUGAUCACCUCUUUGGUGAACGCAUACCAGGAUGAUAAUUCCAUACGUCAUGAGUUACUAAAUAUAACUGUUUCAAGUUGAUCAAUACAGGGGAAUCCGUGAUCACUAAGUUUUAUGUUUACAGAGAAAUUUUUCUAUUGUGGAAAUAUUUCAGGAAAUAUCGUACAGCAUAGACAACCAUCAUGUAUGUUUUAAGGAGCGUUUGUAGGUGUGGUUUACACAGCCAGGGAUUAAUUAAACAAUUAACAAUGGGGAAACCGUUUUGGAUAACCAAUAUGUACUCAGCUUCGUCAAAACAGGGAUUAUACGGGCAAGUAAGGAAUUUAGCUACAAAGAACGACGUGGACGAAAACGUGAAGAAAUUCAGAUCUGGAAAUUAUGAAACAAUUCCAGACCCUCAACGUUUGCAACACUUCAAGAAAAGCCAAGGAAACGUUCCGUCAACAUCCAAAGAUGAAACUCCUCCAAUUGGAGCCAAUGCAUUACCUCAUCCAAUAUGGUCGGAGGAAGAAGUCCAUAAUGUUGAAGUCACACAUAAACCUCCAGAGGGUAAAGUUGAUAAGAUGGCCUAUUAUACUGUUAAACUAAUGAGGGGAUCUUUUGAUACACUGAGCGGUUUUAACAGAGGGGAAAGAAACGAACGCAAAUGGGUCCUACGGAUAUGUUUCCUAGAAACAGUUGCUGGUGUCCCGGGUAUGGUGGCCGCCAUGUUAAGACAUCUAAGUUCUUUAAGACGAAUGCAAAGAGAUUAUGGUUGGAUACACACACUCCUAGAAGAAGCAGAGAAUGAAAGAAUGCACCUUAUGACAGCAUUACAGCUACGUCAACCAACAAAGAUAUUUAGAAUGGGCGUGGUUGUAUCACAGGGUGCUUUUGUUACCAUGUUUAGUCUAGCUUAUUUAGUCAGUCCUAGAUUUUGCCACAGAUUUGUUGGCUAUUUAGAAGAAGAAGCAGUAAUUACUUACACUAAAUGUGUGCAGGAUAUACAGAAUGGUUCCAUGAAACACUGGAAGACACAACCAGCUCCAGAAUCUGCUAUCACUUACUGGAAAUUACCGGAUGACGCCAAAAUGCUGGAUGUGAUCCUUGCCAUUCGUGCAGAUGAGGCUCACCACAGGGUGGUCAAUCACACUCUAGCCUCGUUAAAAGAAGAUGACUACAAUCCAUACAAACCAGGAAAAUGACAUAUAAUACUAUUAUGGUGUUAGUUAAACAAUCAAAUAUCAAGACAUGUUAGUUCUCGCCAUCUGUCAUUUGAAGGAAAUAUAAUGCUUUGAAAACUUGGCUUUCGAUAUUGCUAAUGAUGGACGUCCUGAAAGCAACACACAUUUAGUAAAUGUAUAUUAUUUAUUUUGCCAAUGUUUUGAUGGCUCUUUUGUAAAAAAAAUACUUAUCUUUUGUCAUCCGUAUGGAAUCAAAUGCUUACACCUGUCUAGUACUCCAACGUUAGAUGUAUCGAUAUAGACAUUUUAUAGAUUAUAUAUCAAUGUAAUAAGUGUACUCAAAUAUAAUCCACGUUAUGUUUUCCAUAGUUCAAAACUGGUUGUGUCUGUCGUAUUUGAUUUUAGAAUUAAACAACAAUUUCGAUUAAAGCCAACUGAAUUUUCAAAUACUUUAAUUUCAAUUGACACAAUAAUGUUUAAAACAUGUUAUA